AUGCUCCUUGACCACCAGCUAUACUUUUUCCCUGCCCUGAGAAAAUAUUGGAACAUCGCCAGAUACGGCUCCUCUUCUGCCAAUCUGCCCCUGGGGAAUAUGGCCCAAAUGCAGACAGAGAAAUGGGGACGAGAAGAAGAAAAGAUUGCAAAGGGGGAAGAGAGGGGAUGGAAGACAGCGUAG